UUUAAGCGAGACUGGAGUUCUCGCGAAUUGACUUUGCCGCCGUGGAUUCGUCGGAUUCCGGUCAAACUCCGCCGGAUUCCUUAACUCCCUCGUGAAACUGUCUGUUUCGUGCGGAGGCGAAGUUCUCGGAAUCGCCGUCCUUUUAUCUCUCUCUCUCUCUCUAAAAGAAGAAAAAAUAACUAAAUGGAUAAUCAUAAAUAAAUAACCGUCCGUAGGACGCCAUAUCGGCAUUUCUGCUCAACAGAGUUAUUCGUCAAAUAUGUUCAAGCGUCACAGCCGACUUUUCCGGCGAACCACCACCACUCGUCCAUCACCACUACCGCCACCUGUGAGCAUCAAGACGGCCUCCCUCUCUCUUUCGUUAACUGCCUCUGGCUCACGGUGAUUUCGUUCUUUGGAAUGAUAUAUUGUUUGAUCCAGCUUCAUGCAUCCCUUCUGCUGCGUCUCUACCGUCUCCGAGCGGAGCCAAGCAGCGACUUCCUCUCAGUUAAAGGAUAUGCUUGACAUAUCUCGGCAUCCACCUCCCGCGACUGCGAGAUCCGACUUGGCUGCUGGCAGCCGUGAUGCGUAUCCUCGGACAUCCUCCGUCGACCUCAAUGGCAAUAACAACUGCAACCACGGCAAUGGCGUUCACGGCAACGGUAUGAACCACAACUGCGGGACUAACGAUUUCGACCAUUGCCGGAUGACGCAGCGAGUUGAGCCUUCGAUGAGUGACCUGUCGUCCAGGCUGCCGUCGAUGAAUGAGGCCCAACUGUUGUUGGGGGAUCACCGGGAGGUUAAAAUAAAUGACAUCGUCGGAAAUGGAAUCUCCGGUAUUCUGUACAAGUGGGUGAAUUACGGCAAAGGCUGGCGCCCCCGCUGGUUCGUGCUCCAGGAUGGCGUUCUGUCGUACUACAAGAUCCAUGGCCCCGAUAAAAUCAAUGUCAAUCAAGAAACAGAGAAGGGAAUAAGAAUCAUCGGCGAGGAGUCCAUGCGUCGUGUUUGUCGCCCCAGGCACGGUAAAGCCCAACUUCAGCGGAAGCCAUUCGGUGAAAUUCACCUGAAGGUUUCGUCGAUUCGAGAGAGCAAAUCGGACGACAAGCGGUUUUCGAUUUUUACCGGUACAAAGAGGCUGCAUUUGAGGGCUGAGACAAGGGAAGAUCGACUGGCAUGGAUGGAAGCAUUACAGGCGGUGAAGGACAUGUUCCCGCGGAUGUCGAAUAGCGAACUUAUGGCUCCUCUAGAGAAUAUUACUGUUUCAACGGAAAAGUUGAGGCAGCGACUAUUGGAAGAAGGUGUCAAUGAAGCGGCUAUUCAAGAUAGCGAGCAGAUAAUGAGGAGCGAAUUUUCGGCACUUCAGAACCAGCUUUUGCUCCUCAAGCAGAAACAAGUACUACUCCUUGACACACUACGGCAGUUAGAGGUAUACCUAACCAUUCGUAGGAAACAUCAUGCAAAUGGAAUUCAGAAUUCUUCUUCGGUUUGUUGUGCUUGUUCUUCGGUAGCAAAUCAAUUACGACGUCACAAGCCAAGGUUUGGCUCUGUGAUUGAGUUGCCUUCUCUAAUCUCUAUGACAGAAAAAGUUGAUUUGGAGAACACACUUGUUGAUGAGAGCCAAAAGCAAUCAAAGGAGUAUGAGUCUUCCAAUAUAUCAAGACAAGAAAAAUAUAGUGAAGGAAGUGCUAGCGAAUCUGAUGAUUACAAUGAAAGACAUGAUGCUGCAGAGGAGGAAACAGACGAUGAUGAUAAUACUUUCUUUGACACACGGGAUUUUCUCUCAUCAAGCUCCUAUAACAGCAGCAGUGGGUCUGAUUUCCAGAGAUCAUCAGUUGAUUCUGAUGAUGAAGAACCUUAUGCUUGUGAUUCUGAGGGCAGUAUUGAUAGUUCAGUUAAGUUUGCUGGAACUAACUAUCCUCGUAUGAGGAGGCGCAAGAAAUUGCCUGACCCAGUUGAAAAAGAGAAGGGAGUUAGUCUAUGGUCAUUGAUUAAAGAUAACAUUGGGAAGGAUCUGACAAAAGUUUGUCUUCCUGUCUACUUUAAUGAGCCACUCUCUUCAUUGCAAAAAUGUUUCGAAGAUUUGGAGUAUUCUUACCUAAUAGACCAGGCAAAUGAAUGGGGUAAAAGGGGUAAUAGCCUUAUGAGGAUUCUAAAUGUAGCGGCAUUUGCUGUGUCAGGAUAUGCAUCUACAGAAGGAAGAAAUUGCAAACCCUUCAAUCCACUAUUGGGAGAGACAUAUGAGGCUGAUUUUCCAGAUAAAGGUCUCCGUUUUUUUUCAGAGAAGGUAAGUCAUCAUCCCAUGAUUAUCGCAUGCCAUUGCGAGGGCAAUGGUUGGAAAUUUUGGGGAGACAGCAAUCUCAAGAGCAAAUUUUGGGGUCGUUCUAUUCAGCUUGAUCCUGUUGGCAUUAUAACUCUCGAGUUUGAUGAUGGAGAAGUUUUUCAGUGGAGCAAGGUAACAACAUCCAUUUACAACCUUAUAUUGGGAAAAAUUUAUUGUGAUCACUAUGGUACAAUGUGCAUACAAGGGAAUCGUGAAUAUUCAUGCAAGCUAAAAUUCAAAGAGCAGUCAAUCAUAGAUAGAAAUCCUCAUCAGGUACAUGGCAUUGUGCAGGAUAGGAAUGGUAAAAUAGUGGCCACACUAUUUGGAAAAUGGGAUGAAAGCAUGCAUUAUGUUAUUGGAGACUACUCUGGGAAGGGAAAAGGAUCACAACCAUUGUCAGAAGCCCGCAUUCUCUGGAAGAGGAGCAAGCCUUCCAAUUUCCCCACCAGAUAUAACUUGACACGCUUUGCCAUAACACUAAAUGAGCUUACCCCUGGGCUCAAGGAGAAGUUACCUCCCACGGAUUCAAGGCUUAGACCAGAUCAAAGGUGCCUUGAGAAUGGGGAAUAUGAGUUAGCUAACUCAGAGAAGUUGCGGCUAGAACAGAGGCAACGGCAGGCAAGGAAGAUGCAAGAGAGGGGUUGGAAGCCACGUUGGUUUGCAAAGGAAAAAGGAAGUGAAACAUACCGCUACAUCGGUGGGUAUUGGGAGGCUAGAAAACAGGGAAGGUGGGAAUCCUGUCCUGAUAUCUUUGGCCAUGUCCCAAUAGAUCAAACAUUAGACUAAUAGAAUCAAGACCCCCCUCCUCUCUUUCCCCUCCAUUUUUUUCUAAUACUCGAUUGGCUGCCAAUGCUUGCCAUUUUCGAGCAAUUUAAAUGCCACAUUGCAUGCAUGUAAGUAGAAUAGAUGAAGGUGUUGGAAUUUAAUAAAAAGAAUUCUCUC